AUGGUUUCAUUCUCCUGUGAAGUUUGUAACGAUACCGUUAUUAAAAAGAAGUUAGAUCAGCAUGCCCAGAGAUGUCGUGGGGCAUAUUUCACCUGUAUUGACUGUUCCACCACAUUCCAAGGAACCGAUUAUAGAAAACACACUAGUUGCAUUUCCGAAGCUGAAAAGUAUGAAAAAGGGUUAUACAAGGGAAAGAACAAACAACAACAACAACCCCCAAAACCAUCCAAACAACCACCCGCAAAGUCUACAAAACCAAAGUCCACUAUAUUUAAUGAUGUUACUGGAUCCCAAAACCUAUACAAAGUCCUAAAGAAGGCCUCAAAAGAUGACUCCAAAAAACUUAAAGAAAUUCUCAAGACAUUGAAAAUUACCAAAGUAGAUGGCAAAAUCGUUAUAGAAUAA